ACCACAUCAGCCGUGGAUCGAGUCCGUCAAAUUUCUCGGUUCAGCCUUGUCCCAAUUGACGAAUCGAUAGUUCACCAAUUCGCCAUUGUGAAAGAGCUUGCGCGGUCUUUCCCGGCCCUCCGUACUUAGAUCUGGUGUGGUGGUCUCAUGUUCGCAGAGUAAAAUCAUUCGAUCUCGGGACCUCGACCUGCUCACCACCCACCACUACGCUACCACUCCCCAAUUCGUAUAAAUAAGAACCGUCAAGAUGGCCUCGCGACGGCCUACUCUUCGCCUCUUUGCUCAGUGCAAGACGAAACCCCAAUUCAACCAUACCUGGACCCCUCGCCGAGCUGCAUCAAGCUUCCAGAGCUCCGGAUCGGCACGUCAAGCUUUCUCGAACUCGCGAAACUACCUCACUUUGGCUGCUGCUGGUCUGGCUGUAGCCACUACUCUUGGUUACAAGAUGGCCGUCGAAGACCCCAUCCGAUGCGAUUCCCCCACCCUUGCCGAGCGCGACCAGCAGAUUAAGCGCGAGAAAGGCGUAAAUGAUGCCUCGCCAAUGCGCCUGCGUAUGGAGAAGUUCGUCAAGGAGCAACAGAAGGAAAUUGUCAGAGCGCUAGAGGAGGCCGACGGCACACCAUUCCGGGUGGACGAGUGGCAGCGCAAGGAGGGUGGCGGCGGCAUCACCUGCGUCCUCCAGGAAGGCAAGGUGUUUGAGAAGGCCGGUGUUGGUGUGAGCGUCGUUUACGGCACUCUUCCCAAGCCCGCCAUCAUCAAGAUGCGUGCCAACCACAAAAACCUGGCUCAGGAGGAUGACAUUCCUGACAGCCUCGAGUUCUUCGCCGCCGGCCUCAGUCUGAUCGUCCACCCCAAGAACCCCAUGGCCCCGACGGUCCACCUCAACUACCGAUACUUCGAGACGGCCAACCCCGACGGCUCCUCGGGAGCGUGGUGGUUCGGUGGCGGAAGUGACCUGACGCCCAGCUACCUCUUUGAUGAGGACGCCAUCCAGUUCCACAAGUCGCUGAAGGAAGUGUGCGAUGCCCACGACAAGGAAUACUACCCCCGCUUCAAGAAGUGGUGCGACGAGUACUUCUACAACAAGCACCGCGGCGAGUGCCGCGGUAUCGGUGGCAUCUUCUUCGACGACUUGGAUGAGACCGUCUCCGACAAGGAGAACACCUUCGCUUUCGUCCAGGACGCGCUCAAGUCGUUUGCGCCCACCUACAUUUCCAUCAUCAACAAGCGCAAGGAUAUGCCGUACACGGAGGAGGAGAAGCGGUGGCAGCAGAUUCGCAGGGGCAAGUAUGUCGAGUUCAACCUGGUGCACGACCGCGGCACCGCGUUUGGCUUGAAUACCCCUGGUGCACGCGUGGAGAGUAUUCUCAUGAGCUUGCCGUUGACGGCUAGGUGGGAGUACAUGUAUGAGCCGGCGCCGAAGAGCAGGGAGGCGAGGCUGGUUGAGGUGCUGAAGAACCCCAAGGACUGGGUAUGAUGAUAAGGAUUUGUACCUCUAUUCUGUGCCGUUGAAGGUUCUUUGUAUGUAUUUUUAUGACUUGCAUGGUAAAAAUGGGUUACGUGAGAUGAAGAAGAAAAAAAACAAUGAGUAGACAAAAUGCUAUCGAUGAUCCGUC